UCACAUUUUAUCAGUGCUUCAGCCGAGGCGGCCAAACCUAUCGAGUACCUAAUUCGAGUAUAGACUAUCAGCUAAAUAGUUGAAACUACCAGUUGAUAUAAUAAAGAAAGAAAAAAAAUUGGACGAAAUGCCUCAUUUUAGGAUUGAAACGAAUGUACCAAAAUCAAAGAUUCCUAAUGAUUUUGUUACUAAAGCUGUACCGGUGUUGGCCAAAGCACUAGGGAAACCAGAACAGUACUGUGUGGUAUCUGUAAUCCCAGAUAUACCAAUGAGUUUUGGUGGAACUACUGAACCUUGUGCUAUUGCAAAUCUUAUGUCGAUUGGUGCACUUGGAGUUGAGCAGAACAAGAAGCAUUCAAAAGUUCUUUUCGACCUUGUGGAAAAAGAAUUAGGUGUAGCACAAGAUAGGAUGUACAUUACAUUUCAAGAUAACCCAACUGGUAAUGUUGGCUUCAAGGGGACUACCUUCCAUUCAAUCUUUGGAUAAAUAAUUAGCAUAUUCGUAUUUAUGUAUUUACUUAUACUGAAGUUAUGUAAGAAUAAAUAGAUUAGAUAUUUUAAUUUAUUACA